CGCCUUUCCGUGACGUCUGUCCCCGUCAGCCGUGUUUUGUUUCUCCGCACCGCCCGCCAACCCCACCUUCGAGCCUGGCAUUCUUCUACAGCUCAACUCGCCAGUGCCCUAGAAGCAAGCAUGUCGCAACCUAAUCUAGAGCUUGAUGCCCAAUCGCGGCGCCCAAAGAAGUUGAUCUUCGCACCAGGAGAUAUCGAAGCUGGAGCAGAAACACCAGAUACAUCUGCCACACCACCGCACACCCAAUCCGCAGUCCCAUUCCGUCUUGCCCCCGGCGAAGCCCUGCGCUCCGAUACCUCGACCCCGAACUCCACGACGGAAAGUCAGAUCCUCUCGCACCCUGCCCGGGCACACCAAUUCGUGACGAACCCACCCUUGACCGUCUCCCAGAUUCACGGGACCAACCCCCUGCACCAAUUCAAUGCUUGGUUCCGUGAUCCGCGUCUACCGGCCAGCUCGGCACCCGAGACAUGUACUCUCGCCACGGCAUCCUUGCCCUCAGGCCGCAUCAGCUCGCGCGUCUUGUACCUGAAGGAACUAGAUGAGCGCGGAUGGGUCGUAUAUAGCAACUGGGGCAGUCGGGAAGGCAAAGGCGCGCAGGUCUUCGGACAGUAUCCCAACGGGGCAGACGCGAUAGGCGCGAUGCCUGAGCCUGGCGAGACAGGACAAACCGGCGGAAAUAAAUGGGGCGCUUUGACAUUCUGCUGGUCCUCUGUUGAGCGUCAAGUUCGCGUGGAAGGACUCCUGGAACCGCUCAGCCGCGAGGAGAGUGAGCUAUACUGGCGGACGCGCGAGCGAGGCAGUCAGAUAGGGGCGUGGGCAAGCUGGCAGAGUCGCGUUCUGUGGUCUGCAGAGCCACAGCAAAUGGAGAGGCAUCAGCGUCGCAAGAGUGUUUCCAAGCUGCAGGCGGUUGUGGGAUCGGCGCUUGGUGCGGACGUGCCGGCUGAUAUCGAUGAAACAGAUAUUGACGAUGGGCGGGCUUUGUUGGAGAAGCGGGUCAAGGAAAUAGAGGCCAAGUUCGAGGGCGUGGAUCAUAUUCCCCUACCUCCUUUCUGGGGUGGUGUUCGUCUUGUGCCUGAGUCUGUGGAAUUCUGGCAGGGCCGCCGGAGUCGACUUCAUGAUCGAUUCCGCAACCUCCUCCCUUCCGCGACAUCCCAUCUCCUCCUCAGGCUUGCUAUAUACGCUACAUACUCUUAUUACGACCUGUAUAUUUCGCAGGAGCACAUAUACGCCCGAGAUGUCCUCAUCAGCUCCCCCAAAACCCGUCACCCCCUCGUGGAUAUUCAUCGCCGUGGCCAGCGGCGCCUUCGCCGCGCUGAACGGCCUCUUCGCGAAGCUUCAAUUGACCAUCUAAGGACAACGGACAACAAUACCACAUCCUUCGCGCAAUCCCUCGCCCACCUCUUCGGUCUCGAUUCCUCCCCAUUCCUCGAGCUUCUCGUCCGCGGCUCUUGUCUCGGUCUCAAUGUCCUAUGCAAUAUCAUUAUGUGGGCACUCUUCACCCGCGCCCUUACGGCCGGCCCCUCCACGACAAAAGUCUCGAUCACUAAUACCGCCGCCAAUUUUCUGACGACUGCAUUCUUGGGUAUGAUUGUGUUUCAGGAGACGGUUGGUGGGCUGUGGUGGCUGGGUGCGGCAAUGAUGGGUGCUGGGUGUAUCUUAGUUGGGAUGCGCGAAGGAGCGUGA